AUGGUGUCUUCUACAACACUUGUAUUCGUUGCCAUUGUUGGAGCGGGUCUUGCUUCGGCUUCUGGUAAGGAAAUCAUUUUUUAUAUGUAUUAUAUGUAUUUAUAUGUAAUUUAAAAAACAAAGACAAAUUUUUGACAUUUUUAUCAAUCUUUCUCAGGUUUCUUUGAUGGUCACCACGGCUGGGAACCCCACCACCACGAUGAUCACGACCAUGAACAUCACGGUCACGGUUCGGACUGGCACCACGACAACCAUGAUGCUCAUGGCUGGGACGGAGAUCAUUCCCACGAUCAUCACGGUAAACACGGCUUCAACAAAGGAGACGAAUCCGACUGGGCUCGCUUGGAUUACGGCGGCCACAAGGCCCAUGUUUCUGGCGACGAAUGGCACUCGAACUACGGUCAAGAGGCUGGUGACGACCACGGCCACGAUCAUGGUUAUGCUCAUGGCGACGAGCACGGUCAUGCUGGGCACGGACAUUACGGGCAUCAUGAUGGACAUGGUCAUCAUGGAGGAUGGUGA